AAAAUGGCAUAAUUGGAUCAAUUCGCUUCAUCACGUGCUUAUUUUGCAAUUUGGGCGCAGAGUUUCGCCAUGAAUUAUGCGGCUCGUUGUUCAAUGGUUUUUUUUUCUGGCUUUUUUCCCUUUUUCAAAUUUCAUCCGUCCUUUUUUCUCCUUUAGUUCAUAAUGCGGUCCAUUAUGCUGCUUCCAUUAACGCUUGUCAGUGUCGUAUUGGCAUCGCCUGUGCAGAACGUGGUGGACAACCGUCCUGCACCUGUACCAAUCGAACUUUUCGUCAUGAGUAAAUGCCCAGAUAAACAAGCCUGCGAAGCGGUUUUCAAGGAUGUUUUGGAGCAAGUAAAGGUGCCGGUAUCGCUCGACGUCAAUUACAUAGCUUCACACAAUCCAAGAGCGCCAUAUGAACAUACAUGCAUGCACGGUUCCUCAGAGUGCCUAGGAAACAUCCAGGAACUGUGUUUCAAGCACGUCUACCCAUCACAUCAAGACUGGUUCGCUUUUGAUCUUUGUCUCAACGAGCGUUUACAGAGUAUCGGGCGGGACGACCUGUUGGCCCCUCGAUGCGCCCAGCGCCUUCACAAAAAUUUUGCACCCGUUGCAUCGUGCAUUGACGGCCAACAAGGUAUCGACUUGCUCCAUAGCUCAGUCGACCGUACACAAUCCUUGGGCGUCACUAAAAGCUGCACGGUGUUUAUCAACAAUAAACUGCGAUGUAUUCACGAUGGCAGUUGGAAAGAAUGUGACGGUGGAUCAAGAGUGGAAGAUUUUGUACGAACGAUCGAAGAUAGUUAUCGACAGUGAUUGAGACAUUACCAGCCAAUCAUUUCAGGGAAAUACCGAUUUUUUCUGCUCUUAAAAUUCAGUUAUUUUCAUAGUACUCCCCUAUAUCUUUUGGCUGUAAGUCGUAGUUUGAAAUUGACUUUGGCGAAUCGCAGCAACCGAUUUUCCCUCUUGAACCAAGGAAAUUUCAGAACAGAAACAAUAAAAAAAAAAAAAAGAAACCCUUUGGAAUCAUGAAAUUUGGUGUGAUUUCC